GGGUUGGAACGUUUCCUGUCCGGCGGGGCGAUAACGCGGGCCGGCCGCGCAUUGAGAAGCAGGACCCAGCGGAUGGCAGAUAAGGCGUCUCUACAAACGCUGACCUGAGCGGGGACUGUGGGUGGGUGUCCGUACGCAGGAGGCUCUUGGCCAGGCUCUUUCUGCUGGUGCCCUCGGGGACCGCCAUUCAGUGCCGUCCUGGGGAAGGCGGCCUACAGCGCGGCCAACCAGCCGGGCAAGACAGCGCCUUCCAAACGUGCUGCAACGGUCCGAGAACGUUCCGGAAAGCUCGCUGACCACUUCCCCGGGGGCGGGGGUCUCCAUGAAGGGUGUGGCCUGGGGAGGACAGCACGGGCCACCUAGCUCCAUCCCGAGCAAGGCGAGGCCGCCGACGUGCAGCCGCGGGCGGCGAUGGACGAGCUCGCAGAUUGUCCCUGCGGCAAACAUUGACAGCUCAGAUCUGUCCUCCUGGAAGCGGGAACCACUGAACCAAAGGGCAAAGGUGCAGCUUUGGGGCUGGUGCAUGGCGACCAUGCUGGAUCUUGUGAGCUUUCUGGUCCUCCUGAACUCAGCAUGCCAUGGACAAGCACAGCUGGCACAAGAGAAUAUAUCUCCUAUUACAAACAUGCAGCUAGAUUCAAGGAAAAGAAUGUUAACCUGGAAUUACAUAAGAAAUGUGAGUCAGCAAGAAUGCACAAUAUAUACCCCGCUCAACUCUCCCACUGUGCCCGACUCUCCCACCAGGCAAUUCCCACAGGUCAGAGAGGACAGCACAUACUUCUGCAUCUUCCAUAACCGCGUGCUUCAUAGGGGGGCCAAGCUGACCGUGAGGGUCACCUCUGACGGGGUCGUGUCCCAGAAAGUCCUGCCUUUUGUGAACCCGGGCAGGGAAGGUUCCGGUGCCGUGAACUUCUCCUGUUUCAUUUACAACGUCCGCCUCAUGAACUGCAGCUGGGCACCCGGCCCCCGCGCCCCAGCUGAUGUCCACUAUCAGCUCUUCUGGUGGGCCUCCUGGAAUGAGGAUGAGCUGGAGUGCGUCCACUACAUCGUGGACCCCACGGGAACACACGUGGGCUGCCAUUUCGAUCAACUCGGUGAGCCCCAGCGUACGGAUAACUACUUCUUCCUGGUGAACGGGACCAGCAAUGAGACGGCAAUCCCAUUUUUGGACUUUGUUCCCUUUGAAGCCAGUAAAAUGGAAAAGUAUGACCCGCCAACAAACAUCACGAUCUCCUACAACAGAUCGCAUCACAUUAUCCAGUGGGAGAAUCCUAAGAUCAGAUACGAGCUUUCGAGUCACGUCUUGUAUUAUGAGCUGGAUAUCCAAAGAACGGGCAGCACCUCCAAGACAAACCCCGUUUUCCAGAGGGGGCAAGAUCCGAAUGUGUACCUGAUGCCCCGUACUGCCGUCAGGCCCGACACCACGUUCCGGGUGAGGGUGCGCUACCUGCAUAAUGAGCUCUGGAGCGAAUGGAGCCCGACGCUGCAUCUUGGCCUCCCGCAGCAGGAUUUCCGCCGCGUCCUGUUCGGGGUGGUGGCGGUGGCCACGACUGCGCUCGCUGCGGUCCUCAUGGGCUUGUGCAAAUGGUUCUCCGUCAAGUCCAAGCUGUUCCCCCGAAUCCCGCAGGUGAAGAAGGAAAUCACGGGGACUUUUGUGCCGCCCCUGGAGGUCGCUUGGGAGGAUGGCCGCCCGCCACCGCCAGGCUCCCAGGAACCCGAGGACGUCCUCGUGGUGGAGGAAAUGUGACUGGUGUGGGGACAAGCGGAAACUGUGGCUUCGGCCUCAUCCCCUGCCCCCGCCACCCCGAAAACGUCGCAUAUGUGCAUCGUCCACUCACGUCUGGGCAAGAUUUCUCACCUGACCUGCAAUGCCACCACCAAAAACCCCGCAGCACGGCUUUCUAGCUUUCUACACGCAUCCAAGCGGGCGGGCGGUGUGGGCGGCUCGGGGAUGUGGAGAGAGGCCGCCACGCUCCCCUUGUCCCCGGGGGCUGGUCCUACAGGCUGGGAAGCACCAGGGUCGCCCGUCGCCAUCGUGCACCUAGCACGUCCCAGAGUGACGAAGCCCUGGAGACGUUCACCGUGCCGUGAGCUAGCCGGGCAGUGGCCGAGGGCGAGGGCGGAAAGAGAGAGCACGCGUUUCUUCCGACGGAUGCGCCUCUGCGUCUGCAUUAGUGGAUCGGCACCUGUUUGGGUUUCUUGCAGAGUUGUGCCAUUGCUUUUAAGACAACGGUCUCCAUGGCACGUGGGGCCAGGAGACACGCGUUCCCCGUGGAUGUUAGAGGCGUUGGGGGUCAAGAUAAGUGCUGCCCCGUGUCCACAGAAGCCACGCUACCCACUGGCUGUUUAUCCAAACCACACACGCGCGCGCGCACACACACACACACACACACACACACACACACACACACAAAGGAAAGAACAAAAAGAAGAAAUAAAGCAAAGCUGUCAGUGCAGAAGACGCGUUCAUGAACCCCCGGACACGAAAUAUCUGCAUUCCCUCCCUGUGGCUUCCUCCCGCCAAAUACGGCCAUUAUACCCUCAUUUCAAAGAGCCCAGCCACCCUGUGCUGCCCACACACAGCACACGCAUCGAAGCACCUGUGUUUGUGGAGAACCAUCCCUACUCCUUAAAACUACAUGCAAGAUAGGCGGGACAUUUUUGCACGGAUUUGCUUUAAAACGAGGGUGCAGACUGUGGGGCCCCGGUGAGCGCUGAUGCACAUUUACAGGUGCUCGUUGGGAAAGAUGAUCACCGUGCAGUGUUCGCAAAGUGCCAACAGGCUGGGGACACGUCCCCCCGCCCACAGGUGCAAGAAUCGAUUUUUGACCCCUGCACGUCAAGGAUGCUUAUCUGCAGACUUCACGCAUUUUUGUUUCAUGCUUGUCUGUAUUUUUGAGUCGGGGGGUUGGGGGGGGGGGAAGAAAUAGGUUUACAGGGAGAAAGUGGUGGGUGCAUUUGAGGGGAAAAAAAUCUAGUGUUGGGAGUACGUUUCGAUGGGAGUAAGACCGUCUUCUUCUGUUCUGAUUUUGCAAAUUGCCGGGAAUGAAUGCGCAAUGCUCUCGUUACGGCUGGUUUUGUAUGAAUCCCGUUGCUGGUGAACAAAGGUUGCUCACAAGAGUCCUUGUCUUUAAAGAGACCCUCUGUCCGCACAGGACGCCGGGGGCCAUGGGGCAGGAAAGUGAUUUUGGGGAGCGCAAAGCAAAGCAGAAUGUGGGGUAGGUGGGCGUCCCCACGACAUGGGACUCCCGCCGGGCAGGCUCCAGGGCGUGGAUGGAGCCGUGGUUUUUCGAGCCAGAUACACCCACCGCACGACUUUGCAGGUGGAGCGUGGGGUCCCUCUUGGGAGGGGUGGGGAGGCCCAGCGCCCAGAGAAGGAGGUGUCUCUGUCCCGGGUUAUUGGUGGAAGCCUGGGGUUCCGCCGUAUCGAGUGCUUCGUUCAGAUCUUGCAAACGGGCACGUGGCCAGGACAGGGAGGAGUGGGAGUUAUGCCAGACCCCCCAUCUCUCGGGCCCAUCUCGGUUAGGGUUUGGGGUCAGGAGGGCCUUGGGACGUGCACCCGGAGGUGAGGGUUCAGCGGCCCCUGGGCACCCACCUCUCCCAGCAGGUGCCUGGCAGCCUCCCAUCCGGCCUCCCUGAGCCCUCGGUCCUUCUUGCCGCUCUUUUGGUGUGCACAUUGGCUGCCUACACGGGCAUCAUUUUGCAGACCCACAGGCUCUGCCUCCUGGACUCGGCCAAGCCCCCUCUGCCCUGAGGGAUCUGCACUCAGACCCCAGCCCGACUCCCACCCACCAGGGCGUUUGGACAGGACCUCGCUCCCUGAACUGGGUCCUUUGGACCCCGACCACCAGACACCCACCAAGCUGCAUUUAUGGUGUGACAUUUAGCGGCAACCCCAUAAAUAGUGUGUCGGCGAUAUGAAAAAACACGGGGGCUGGUGGGCAGGUGGGCCCAUGAUGCCGGUUGCCUAGGGAUUCCGGCGGGAGCCGCGGACAGACCCCGGAGCGCCCCAGGUCCCGUUCCUGGGGCCCCUGUUGCCCUGGGACUGCCCCCCACCCCCAACCCGCAGCGCCUCCCCGUUCUGCAGCGUCCUCACGGAGAACAGACGGUUUCUCAAGGAUCCUGCCGGCGGGCUCCUUCCGGACGUUUGGCAGAGACGUAGCCCGUUUGCGCUCUUCCGCAGAGCGGGACGUGGGAUCGCGUGUCCAGAGCCGUGGGAACACAGUCGGGAGGCUGUUGAGACGUCGGAUGAUCUUGCAGCUCGGGGCUCACGUGCGCAGAGGAUGCGGAUGGCGCGUGGCGAAUUCAGGAGAGCGCCCCUCGAUCGCUUUUCUGCACAACCGCAUACUGAACACCGGGUUCGGCUGGGAGCAUUUAAGGAAGAAAACCCUGUUCCAGGCCGUGUGCGCGCGUUCCAGGGCGUGCGGAAGCACGCAGAAGGCGCUCACGCAGACGCGGGGCGGGGAGAUGUCCGCUCGGAUUACACGGCACAGCCGGAUCCACUGACAAGUCUACACUGCGGGGCGCCUGGGUGGCUCAGUCGGUGAAGCGUCUGCCUUCGGCUCGGGUCAUGAGCUCAGGGUCCCGGGAUCGACCCCCACAUCGGGGGGGGGGGUCCCUGCUCCGCGGGGAACCU